AUUUUCAGAGUUACCGGAAUUUGGCCGCUUGAAACAAACGUGCCGACAGUUUUCCGACUGGUUCAUCAUAUCUUCCGGUUGGUUAAUUUGACACUUUUUUUGUCUUUGCUCACAAGCUCUCUGGCAGAUUCUGCAAAUAACAUCAGAGACCUGACGGCGUUCACGGAAAAUUUGUGUUUUUUCUUCGGUACCGGUAUGACAUUGGUAAAAGCCUUGAUUUUUUGUGCUCGCCGAAAAACAAUACUUAAAUUUAUCGAGGAAAUUUAUGGACCCAUUGAUUUACUGCAUCAGUCAACUGACUCACAAGUACUGACGACAAUAAACGUGACAGCACACCAGGAAUUAAAAGAAUUUUAUUUUCUCUGCGUGUUGGUGUCAUCGAUGGGUCUAGCGCGAAUAGCAUCUGGUCGAAAAACAGAAAAUGGAUUGCCAUUACCGACAUACUACCCUUUUGACACGAGCAAACCACCCAUUUAUCAGAUUAUUUACCUAUGCGAAUCAUUUUGCAUUACGUUCAAUCUGAUGGUUGUAAUGAUAACCGAUUUCACGGUGAUUUGUUUCAUAAAAUGGUUGACAGUUUCACUGAAAAUUAUAAGCUCGAACUAUAAAAAUUGCGACAGCAAUUCGGUAAAACGGUCUAUCUUUACUGCAACUUCUUAUCCAAAAAUGAUCAAGGCUACUCAAAAGAUUGAUAUCGACAUCGAGCAGAUUGAUAUACAAUCUUUCGUGUCAUACGAGCAAGUUCAUGAUUAUGACGUCAAUAACAAUAGCACUGACUGUUUCGAGGAGAGACUGAAAUUUUGCAUAAGACAGCAUCAGAAAAUAAUAACAAUUGUUGAUGAUCUCAACAUCAUUUUCGGUCGCUAUAUGUUUUUGCAGGUUGCUACUAGUACGGGGCUUAUUUGUUUAAAUGGCUUUCAAGUUAUUGUUUGCAAAGAUAGUUCAACAGUUGUGAGAUUUCUAAUAAGUCUGAUCGCAUCUUUCGUUCAACUCUUGUUUUGGUGCUGGUAUGGAAAUAAAUUUGUUUCUAUGGCCGAUACAUUAAUAACCAGUCAAUGGAUGUCUGGAUGGGAAAAUUCAUUUAAUCGAAGCAUAAAAAAACUUUUGGUGAUAUCAAUGAUCCAGUCUUUACGCCCGCUUGAAUUUCACGCACUCGGACUCAUCAGAUUCACCAUACCAACCUUUGUUGACAUUGUCAGAAAAUCGUACUCGGUGUUCAUACUUUUGAAGCGUACCAUUUCUGAUUGA